AUGGCUGCCUGCUACAAUGGCUUCAAAGUCGUUGCCAUCCAAGAUUGCGAUGGCAGAAGUCUCGACUUCACGCUCGCUGCGGAGCAGGCCAUCUUCGGGCUCAUUCCGGCAGCCAUCUUCCUCAUCACUGCGAUGUUGAGGGUGUUAUAUCUCUCUCGACAGCCAAUCAGGACCGUGGAUAGCCUCGCCCCAAGAGCGAAGCUGGUCGUCGCUUUUGUCUUUGCCGCCAUUCAAAUGACUCUUCUUGUUCUCUGGACACGCAUUGGACCACAGCAUGCCGAAUUGGGCAUUGCUUCUUCCUCGGUAGACCUGAUUGCAGCUGCUGUCCUCCCCGUGCUUGCCCACAUGGAGGAUCGUCGAGCCGUUAGGCCAUCCACCAUCCUCAGUGCAUAUCUCGCUUUCACGAUUCUGCUGGAUCUUGCUCAGGCUCGCACUCUCUGGCUGGUUGGCUUCAGCAUCCCAAUCGCAACCAUGUUUGCCAGUCGGCUUGCCAGCAAAUUAGUCCUCCUCGUCUUCGAAGUUCGAUCCAAGCGAUGCGUCUUGAAACCGGAAUACCACGAGCUGCCACCCGAGGCUACCGCGGGCAUCAUUAGCCGAAGUUUCCAGUUCUGGUUAAAUGGCCUCUUCGUCACGGGUCUUCGAUCAGAGCUCUCCGUCGACCAUCUCCCUCGCCUAGAUCCUGACUUGGCCGGGGCGCAUCUCAGCCGCAAGUUCCAGAAUGCGUGGAUAACGAGACAGAGACCAGAACGGCGUUUGGAAUUCGUAUACACCGUAUUUCGAGCCUUCGGGAAACAGCUUGCUUUGGCUGCAUUCCCGCGAAUUCUUGACAUUGGUUUCACCUUUGCCCAAGUAUUUCUCAUUCAACGCACCUUGACGCUUCUCGGGGAGCCUGCUACUGAAGAGAGCACAUCGGUUGGAUAUAGCCUAAUCGGGGCUACCGCUCUGAUUUACCUCGGAUUGGCAGUAUGCAAGCUGCAUCAUAACCAGGCAAUGCACCGCUUCAUAAUCAUGUUUCGCGGUGGUGCUGAGUGCUGCAUCUACGAUCAUCUCUUGUGUCUCGCCGACGGCGACGGCAACAAGUCUGCCACCCUUACGCUUAUGAGCACAGAUUUAGACCGCAUUGCCGCUGCUUUACCUGAAGUAAAUGAGGUUUGGUCACAGACUAUUGAAGUCAUCAUUGGAAUUACGCUGCUGUCGCUUCAGCUCGGCUGGGUCUCUGUCGUGCCUAUUGUUCUCGUUAUCUUCGCCUUCUUAGGAGGUGCCCUGGUAACCAAGACCAUUGGCAACAAACAAAAGAUUUGGGUCAACGCCGUCCAGGCCCGCGUGUCGUUCACAUCUUCUAUCUUGGCAGGCAUGAGAAACAUCAAGAUGCUCGGAUUGCGCGACGUUAUUGAGUCCAUGCUUCAGCAGUAUCGCAUCGACGAGACGCUUCGCAUGGCGGCGUUUCGAUGGAGCAUUCUCUGGCAAAAUGUCGUCCAGAACCUGCCGUGGGCCCUCACACCGGCAUUGACGUUUGCCAUCUACGCUGGUCAGGCCCUUGCUCGCGGAGACGAGACUCUAGAUGCCGUCACGGCCUUCUCAAGUUUAGCCAUCAUCCACCUCUUGACAAACCCUACUGCGAAGCUCGUCAGCGCCAUCCCGUCCACAGCAUCAACCAUUGGAUGUUUUGACCGCAUUCAGGCUUUCUUACUCACCAAACCGAAGGGUGAUCAGCGCUCACUUGAAGCAUCGUCUUCGUCUGAUGCGCAGUCAGCGAUCGAUGGUGGUAUCAAAUUAAAAGACCUUACCCAGAUUGAAAAUCGAGUCCCAUCUUCGGCGAAUGCCAUCCAAUUUGAGAACGUCACUCUCCGACCAGCACCACGAGCCGAUCCAAUCCUCACAAAUAUGAACUUGUCCGUCCCGCAUGCAUCAUUAACUAUUCUCGCUGGAUCAGUUGGCGCAGGGAAAUCAAGCCUACUCAAAUCUAUCCUAGGCGAACUACCCAUUGAACAAGGCGGAUCCAUGACUAUAUCCGACAGUCGCAUCGCAUACUGCUCUCAGAGCCCCUGGCUGCCCAACACUACUCUCAAAGCUGCCAUUCUCGGCCCCAGUACUGCCGCCAACCCAUACGAUGAAGCUAGAUACAAAAGAUGCUUGCGUAUCUGCGACUUGGAUCAAGAUAUUAGCCAGUUUGAAAACGGCGACCAUACUGAGCUUGGCUCGAACGGGUCGUGCCUCAGUGGCGGUCAGCGACACCGUGUGAGCCUCGCUCGCGCUCUAUACUCCGGCGCUAAGAUGCUUAUUUUGGAUGACGUCUUCGCCGCCUUAGACUGGGCGACGCAGAGAAAGGUAUGCAUGGCACUCUUUGGCGAGGGCGGCUUCCUCCGAGACAGCAGGACCACAACUCUCUUGGCUACGUCCACCGCAAACUUUCUCAAGUACGCAGAUAAAGUUCUUGUUUUGGCCAAUGGGACCGUCGAGGAAACGUCGAGCCAAGAGGCCGAGGCCCUUCAGCUCAAGCACGCCAGUGAGGCGUCCGUUACUCCAGUCAUUGUACCACCGGCCCAGGCCGAUGUCUCUAAGCUCAAGCGAGCACAACAAAUCGACGAUCUGAGCAGGUCAACAGACGACUUGGCGGUCUAUAAAUACUAUUCUCGCCAUAUACACUGGUUUCCCGGGCUUUUCUUUCUAUUCUCCGCUGCCGUUAACGUCUUCAGCUCCGGCUUUUCUCAGAUCUGGCUGAAGUGGUGGACAGAGGCAGGCGGUGCGCGGAUUGGCUUACACAUCGGCGUGUUCAUUGGCCUUGCAUUCCUCAACUCAUUCUCCAUGGGGGCGUAUGUUUGGGCAAUUAUCGUCAAGAUAUCCCCUUCGACGGCUCGCAAGUUCCACGCCAUUCUCGUACGAACUGUCAUGCAUGCCCCGCAGGCCCUUUUUACCAGCACAGACAGCGGCGUCAUCUUGAACAGGUUCACGCAGGACAUGACCAUUAUCGAAGGACAGCUGGCCAUUGGCGUUCUCGUGAGCGUCACAAACCUCUUUUCCGCGUUGCUGGCUGCAGGCCUCGUCGCAACCGGCUCCUCAUACAUGGCUGCCACCAUUCCGCUUCUUGUGUUUGCCAUCUGGGCUUUGCAAAAGGUUUACCUUCGUACGUCUCGACAGCUUCGUAUACUCGACCUCGAAGCGAAGAGUCCUCUGUACACCCACUUUGCGGAGACUGCAUCUGGACUAAUGACUAUCCGCAUAUUCGCUUGGGCGCAGGCAUUCCGGGACGUCAACGUUGAGCUACUCGACCAGUCCCAGCGACCAUGCUACCUCCUCUACUGCAUUCAGAGAUGGCUUAACCUCGUACUCGAUCUAAUUGUGGCCGCUGAAGCAGUUCUCGUCGUCGGCUUAGCUGUUGGUAUCCGCGGAUCAACAAGCCCCGGUCUUCUCGGUGUUUCGCUCAACAACGUUCUGUCUUUCAGUGCCUCCCUCUCGAACUUCCUCGGCGGUUGGACCAUGCUCGAAACCUCGCUAGGUUCUAUUGCGCGUCUCAAGGGCUUUGAAGCAGCUGUGCAGCCAGAAGACAGGGCGGAGGAGUGUGUCGUAGCCACUGCGCAAUGGCCAGCGAAUGGUGCAAUCCAGUUCAACAACUUGAGCGCAUUCUACGAAGACAGCUCGUCUGGCGUCCGGGAUUUCAGCCUCACAAUCGAGCCAGGACAGACUGUUGGGAUUUGCGGGCGCACAGGAAGCGGCAAAAGCUCCAUCAUAAGCGCAAUGCUUCGCCUAGUAGAAAUCCACUCUGGCACCAUCGUCAUCGACGGUAUAGACAUUACCACAUUACCUCGCCAAGUCAUUCGCGAACGGCUCCUAGUCGCCACACAAGAUCCCCUGAUUAUCCCAGCUAGCCUCCGAGUCAAUAUUGACCCCGAAUGCAACGCAACCGAUGAAGCCCUAUCCACCGCAUUGGAGCGCGUCGGUCUUGCGCAUCUUGUCGAACGACUAGGCGGGUUUGACCACGAAGUCAAAGCCGACGAGUUGUCCCGCGGUGAACAACUUCUCCUUAGCCUAGCACGGCUCAUUCUCUCCAAGAAAAGCGAGGAGGGCAUCCUCCUCCUCGAUGAGGCGACGAGCAAUUUGGAUGCCGACGUAGAAGAAGCAGUACAAAGAGUGCUGAAGGAAGAUUUCGAGGCGUACACCAAGAUCGUCGUGGCGCAUCACCUACACACCAUUUUGGAUUCGGACGUCAUGGUCGUCAUGGAGCAGGGCAGCCUGGUGGAGGCGGGUAGCCCGAAAACGCUCUUACAAAGGCAGGAUGGAAAGUUGUCCAAGUUGAUGGAAUUACAGCUUUAG